GGGAUUCUAGUCCCUCUUGGCUUUCCGUUCUCCUAGCCCGGCUGACAGAAUUACCGGGGGUCGCCAUAUUGAAUAAGCGACCCGGACUCUGAGGGUUCCGUGGGGUCUGGACACGCCAACGGAGCACUCUCAGCUGCUCCGGGGAGAAGCAAUAUGUUAAGGAUACCUGUUAGAAGGGCCUUAGCAGGCCUUUGUAAGUCUUCUACCGGAUAUGUUCGAACAACUGCCACAGCCGCAAGCAACUUGAUUGAAGUAUUUGUUGAUGGUCAGUCUGUCAUGGUGGAGCCUGGUACUACUGUCCUCCAAGCUUGUGAGAAGGUUGGCAUGCAGAUCCCUCGGUUUUGUUACCAUGAAAGGCUCUCCGUUGCUGGAAACUGCAGGAUGUGUCUCGUUGAAAUUGAGAAGGCUCCUAAGGUUGUAGCUGCUUGUGCUAUGCCGGUAAUGAAAGGUUGGAAUAUCCUGACAAACUCAGAAAAAUCUAAGAAAGCCAGAGAAGGAGUGAUGGAAUUUUUAUUAGCAAAUCACCCAUUGGACUGUCCUAUUUGUGACCAGGGAGGUGAAUGUGAUCUUCAGGACCAGUCCAUGAUGUUUGGAAGUGAUAGAAGCCGAUUUUUAGAAGGGAAACGUGCUGUGGAAGACAAGAACAUCGGCCCAUUGGUAAAGACCAUCAUGACUAGAUGCAUACAGUGUACUCGAUGCAUCAGGUUUGCAAGUGAGAUUGCAGGAGUGGAUGAUUUAGGAACAACGGGCAGAGGAAAUGAUAUGGAAGUUGGCACAUACAUUGAAAAGAUGUUCAUGUCUGAAUUAUCUGGGAACAUCAUUGAUAUCUGCCCUGUAGGUGCCCUAACCUCUAAGCCAUAUGCCUUUACUGCCCGGCCAUGGGAGACAAGAAAGACAGAGUCCAUUGAUGUACUGGAUGCAGUUGGAUGUAACAUUGUGGUUAGCACAAGAACUGGAGAGGUAAUGAGGAUCUUGCCACGGAUGCAUGAGGACAUUAAUGAAGAGUGGAUUUCUGAUAAAACCAGAUUUGCUUAUGAUGGGCUGAAACGUCAGAGACUCACCGAGCCGAUGGUCAGAAAUGAAAAGGGGCUUUUAACCUACACCUCGUGGGAGGAUGCACUGUCUCGUGUAGCUGGAAUGCUGCAGAGUUUUCAAGGCAAAGAUGUGGCAGCAAUUGCAGGUGGCUUGGUGGAUGCUGAAGCUCUGGUAGCUCUGAAAGAUUUGCUUAAUAGAGUGGACUCUGACACCUUGUGUACUGAAGAGGUCUUCCCCACCACGGGAGCUGGAACAGAUUUGCGUUCCAAUUAUCUUCUUAAUACUACAAUUGCUGGUGUGGAAGAGGCAGAUGUUGUCCUUCUGGUUGGUACAAAUCCACGUUUUGAGGCACCACUUUUUAAUGCUAGAAUCCGAAAGAGUUGGCUUCAUAAUGACUUACAAGUGGCCUUGAUAGGCAGUCCAGUGGACCUGACGUACAGAUACGACCACCUGGGCGAGUCCCCCAAAGUUCUGCAAGACAUUGCUUUGGGAAGCCAUCCGUUCAGCCAGGUUUUAAAGACCGCUAAAAAACCAAUGGUGGUUUUAGGCAGUUCUGCUCUCCAAAGAAUUGAUGGAGCAGCAAUUCUUGCUGCUGUUUCUACCAUCGCACAGAGGAUCCGGGUGACUAGUGGUGUGACUGGUGAUUGGAAAGUUAUGAAUAUCCUGCACAGGGUUGCAAGCCAGGUAGCUGCUUUGGACCUUGGCUAUAAGCCUGGAGUAGAAGCAGUUCGGAAGAACCCCCCCAAAGUUCUGUUCCUCCUAGGAGCAGAUGGUGGUUGUGUCACACGACAGGAUUUGCCAAAGGAUUGUUUCAUUAUUUAUCAAGGGCAUCAUGGUGAUGUGGGAGCUCCCAUAGCUGAUGUUAUUCUCCCAGGAGCUGCUUACACAGAGAAGUCAGGUACUUAUGUCAAUACAGAGGGCAGAGCUCAGCAAACCAAAGUCGCAGUGACACCUCCUGGCUUGGCAAGAGAAGACUGGAAAAUUAUACGAGCCCUCUCUGAGAUUGCAGGUAUUACUCUUCCAUAUGAUACUCUGGAUCAAGUGAGGAACAGAUUGGAAGAAGUUUCCCCGAAUCUUGUUCGAUAUGAUGAUGUUGAAGGAGCGAAUUACUUUCAGCAAGCAAGUGAGCUUUCCAAGUUAAUAAACCAGCAGCUUCUUGCUGACCCACUUGUUCCACCUCAGCUAACUAUAAAAGACUUCUAUAUGACAGAUUCCAUCAGUAGAGCUUCACAGACAAUGGCUAAGUGUGUCAAAGCUGUCACAGAGGGUGCCCAGGCAAUAGAGGAGCCAUCCAUAUGCUGAGACAGCUACCAACCUUAUUGUGCUGCAAAUAGCAAAUGUACAUGUACAUUUAAGAAAUUUCUUAGAGGUUUAAAGUUCAAAAAAAUCUGAAGAUAAUAAUAUUUAAGGUUAUACCAUGCUUAUUUGAAAGUGGUAUUAUAGAUGUCAAAGAGAUUGUCGAUUUCAGGUUUAUAUGUUAUGUGUGUUAACUAUACAUUUGCUCUUUCAUGUAAAAGCAUUAGUAAUCUUUGUGACAAAUACAAGGAGAAUCUUUAAAAUGUGUUUUUAUUUUCAUAGAUCAUUUAUAUUUAUAAGAUGGAUGAAAUGAAAAGACCUUCCAUUAAGUCCAUUUUUCUAGUGCUGACAAAGAUUUAAAUAUUAGGUUAUUUGGUAAAUAGAAAAAAAAUAUAUAAAUCUAUAAUCAGAUAUCUUGAAAAACUUUACUUGUCAUAAUAAUACCUAAUAAUUAUUCAGCUUUUUCUGCAUGCUUUUUCUGGUUUUACCCGCAUCUUCUUUUAUUUUUGCUGCAGCCUAAUGAGAUAGUAUUAUCUCAUUUACUGAUGAAGAAAGGAUAUUAAGGAGCUUUCCAAAAGCCACAAACAUAAGCUUAGUUCUCUUUUACUCCAAGGCCACUUCUGACUGCUGUACAUAAUUCUUUCCCACUAAUAGAUAUUUCUGCAGGUUGUUACUUCUGAGAGUCAGUAUGGAGGAAUUUAAUGGAUAAUACAUCUUUCUGUUUUCUCUUGAAUCUGUCUCUAUAAUGUCAUGGUAAUUUGGUUGAGAGUUUUCUUUGUAUGAUAGAUGAUACACAUGCACACCCUUGAAAUGAGGGAGCUCUCUCAAAUGAUAUGAUUUGUAUCCUCAUUAUUAUCUUUUUGUGUAUGUGUGUGGUGCUAGGGAUAGCAUCCAGGACCUUGUGUGUGCUCAGCAAGUGCUUGACCACUGAGCUGUGCUCCAGGGCUUGUUAAUGUUCUCUGUAAGUACUAACACCAUCUACAGUGGUGAGCCAACUAAAUUAUUCCAGUAAUGGAAGAGAAAUUGCCAGCUCUCAUAAUUUUCAUUUGUCAAAACUAGAAAGACAUAAAAAUUUUAGCUAAUGUAGGAGAUAAUCCAAAAGUAGAUUCUAUUUUUUAUUAUUUAAAUCUUUGCAGUACUGGGAAAUUAAUCCAUUCAUGUGCUAGGCAAG